AUGGCCGGGGGAAAGUCGAAGUCUCGUCGUUCCAGGCGUGGCGGUCGCCAACGGCACAUUAAAGUAAACGAAAACCCAAUAGAAUUUAGCAGUAAUGGUGGACAUGCAAAUCAUGUACUGGAACAGCUCAAUUUACAGCGACUGCAUGGAGGUUUGUGUGACGUUGCUCUAGUUGUUGGUGGCCGUAAGUUCGAUGCUCAUAGGAACGUAUUAGCUGCCUGUAGCCAGUAUUUCAAGUCAAUGUUCGAAAAUGGUCGCUUCCGCGAAAGCAAACAGAAGGAAGUCAAGAUUCAGUCACUGGACGCCGAAGCUAUUGAAAUAUUACUAGAGUAUAUGUAUACUGAUUCUAUCACAAUCACCUUUUCCAACGUAGAGGGCAUCAUUGCGGCGUCUGAUUUGUUCCUAAUCCAGGCGGUCAGGGACUACUGUGCCAACUAUUGGACUCAAACUUUGUGUGUGGAUAAUGUACUGAGUGCUUACAAAAAUGCUGACAUUUACAAUUUGUCACAGCUGCGAGACGAAGCAGAGGCUUUUCUCAGUAAACACUUUACUGAGAUUGUCGAAAGCAACGAAUUUGUCAACUACCCCUAUGAAGUGGUUGUCGUAAUGAUAAAAAGUGACUUGAUUGACGUCGACGAAAAAGAUGUAUUUCUCGCCGUCAAGAAAUGGGUAAUGCAUGCAAAGGAGCGAGUAUCGUUGUUGGAUGACUUGAUGUCUCGUAUUCGAUUGCCAUUAAUGCCGGCUGCGGAUCUUAUUGAGUGUGUAAACGUAGAGCCAUUAGUGUUGAAGUCUGAGUGGUGUCAAGCAUUGGUGCAAGAAGCCAUGAAUUAUCAGUUGCUGCCAAACAAGCAAGGAGAACUGCAGACACCUCGUAGUCGACCAAGAUAUGUAAAUCUGGAUGAAAUGAUCUUUGCUGUUGGUGUAACAGGAACUGAAGGACACAUACCCGAUAUGUUAUUGACGAAGUGUUACAUUCCACGACAUAACGCAUGGUAUUCUUUGGCUACUUUGCAUGCUGUAUCAUUACGUGGUCUGACUUUUUGCAAUGGCCUUCUGUAUGCAUUAUGUUUCAACACGGAAAAUGAACAGUUAGACCUGUACAUGUAUGAUAUUGUGAGCAAUGCUUGGUCGGAUGGCCCGAGUAUCAAUAAAUCUAAUCAUGUCAUUCGACGCAGUAUACAACUGUCCAAUACUUGGGUGCAGCUAAUUGAAUGCAGGCAAAAGGUAUAUGUGAUGAUCAGUGUAGUUUGCAACCAUAAUCAAGGAGUGGUAUCAUCAGUUUUGUGUUACGAUCCUAGCCCUAAAACCUGGAAGUCUCUUCCUUGUUUUCACACUGAGAGGUUGUAUUAUUCCGCUGCGGCAACUGAUAUUGGUAUAUACUUGAUAGGCGGGAAAAUUCCUCUCGGGGAAGGAAUGUCUGAUGUAGAGUUUUUUGAUCCUGACACAGAAACAUGGUCAGUUAAGUCAGAAAUGCAUUUACCCAGGCAUAGCAUGAAUAUUUGUUUUUGGUCUCCAGAGCGAGGUAUUCUCGUUUCUGAUUAUGAAUGUAGAGAUCCAGAUGUAUAUUAUACCCAACAAGAUAGAUGGACUUCCUUCAGCGAUGAAGCUGAACUGUGUGAUUCAUUGCCUGUUUUUUUUACAGACUGCCCCGGUGGCAAUGAGAUGUUAUCCACGUAUUCACCAGCUAUGGAUACUAUUUAUGCCACAUGCGAAGCCAGCUUUGAUGAUACACUUGCUACUUGGUACAAGUUUAGCUUUUACGAAAAACGUUGGGAAGCAUGUGCAUCUUUGCCGCAGUUAUUAAUGCCAUAUUUGUGUGCUGUUCGUUGA